GGUGUUCCGGCAUGACAUUAAUUUUACACUUUAGUUCCGCAUGACCGCGUCUCGGUAUCUUGAAUAAAGCCGUUGUUGUUUAAAUUGACGGGAUUCUUUUUCACAACAAAUAUUUGCAUUGUAUGGCGUAAAAGUGACGUAACAUUUAAAAUCACACCAAGUAAAUCCAGCAGCGCUUCAGCAGUCUUCUUUUGUUGCGCUGAUUAAGGGUCACCAAAAAUGAACAGUGCAACAACCACAGAGUUAAAAAAAAAUAUAUAUAUAUUUAUUUAUUAUUUAUCUGUGAAAACAGCCUACAUUUAUGAACCAAACCGCUGAUGCCACCAAAAAGGAACGCCGGGACGCUGUUGCCAUGACAACGCAAACAGUGAGAACGAACUUUUUGUCAGCAACACCACCGAUAUUUCUGUAACUGAAGCCCAAACCAAGAAGCAAACACAAUGAUUCCGCCAGCCGAGUCUCUCUUGAAAUACGAAAAUCCAGUUUUGAUCAGCAAAAGCACAGACAGAAAAUCACCAAAGGGACGUCCUUUAAAGGUGAGCCCUCAGCAGCCUGCUAACUCUAACCCUGUUCCACCACCUCCUAAACCCAAAUCAGCCACUACUGAUGCCACCAAGCAGGAAAAUGAGGAGAUCUUGAACUCCAUCCUUCCACCCCGGGAAUGGAUGGAGGGAAACCAACUGUGGGUGCAGCAAGUGUCCAGCGCACCUUGUACAAGAACGGAUGUUAUUCACCUAGAGGAACAGCUGGACAUAAAGCUGCAGCAAAGGCAGGCCAGAGAAACCGGGAUCUGCCCGGUCCGCAGGGAGCUCUAUUCCCAGUGCUUUGACGAGCUGAUCAGACAGGUGACCAUCAACUGUGCUGAGAGGGGUCUGCUGCUGUUGAGGGUCAGAGAUGAGAUACAAAUGACUAUCGCUGCCUACCAGACACUGUACGAAAGCAGCGUGGCUUUUGGAAUGAGGAAAGCACUGCAGGCUGAGCAGGGCAAGACUGACAUGGAGAAAAGAAUCUCUGAUCAGGAGGAUGAGAAACAAGACCUGAUGAAGCAACUGAACGAACAGAAAGCUAAAUGUGAUGCCAUUGAAAAGAGAGAAAAUGAAAGGCGACAGGUGGAGGAAAAGAAGCACACUGAAGAGAUUCAGUUCUUGAAGAGAACCAACCAGCAGCUCAAGACCCAACUGGAAGGGAUCAUUACACCAAAGAAGUAACUUCGCCAAACAAGAUCUGAGUUGCCAUUUCCCAGUACAGAAUGUUACUAAAUUUGUCUUUUCUCUUUCUAAAUUAUAUUAAUUAAUGUAAACUUAACAGUGUAAUAAGCACAUAUUUUUAUUACAGCAUGACAAGUACAGUUCAUACAACUGUACAUUUCUCUUUAACAUCAAGAGAGCAUUACACCUUUAAAUGAUGAAUGAAAUGUCAUUCAAAACCAGUUCUGGGUUGAGGGACAGUCAGGGCCAAAAUAAGGCAUCAAGUGGCCACAUGAUAAAAGACCAUUUAACACUUAGUUAGCAUUCCACCCUCUCAACUCUGCAUUUUCGAUAAAAAUCUGUCCUUUUUGGCUAGUUUAAAUAAAGAUUUAUUACAAACUUUA